AUGGAUCCUCUCAUGGAAGACAGCAACGCCGAUGCGCCUAGCCUCAACUUACUUGGCCAGGCCGCAGCCAAGCUGCUGGAAUACGGCAACAACGCCAGCAACAACCUGCAGGACACGUUUACCAAGAUGACAAUCCAUGGCUGGCUUCGCCUCACUGUCAUUGUCGGAGGAUAUCUUUUGCUACGCCCAUAUGUCCUGAAACACGGCGUCAAGACGGCAGUAUCGAAGAUGGAGGACGACGAGGAGAGAGAACGAGCCAAGGCUGCUCUGACGCCCAACGAGUUGAGGGGCGCCAAACAACAGCUGGAAGAGCAUCUGGAGGACGACGGCGGCGACGGCACAGGUGCUGACUGGGGUCAGAAGGCCAGAGUGCGCCAGCGCAUCAUGUUGAAGGAGAUGCUGGAGGCGGAGGAGCAGAGGCGGAUGGAGGAAGAGGAAGACGACAGGGACAUUGCUGAAUUUUUGGAGGACUAA